UAAACACAUUUCGCAUUCCAUUUGUUAGGGAGGUGUUAAACGAAUGUAUUAAUGAACAUAUUUCGGAAACUUUUUGAUAGUUUAAGUAGUAAAACAGUAGCAUACACUACGAGAAGAAUGAGUGUGAAUUCUCUGUAUUAUUCCCAUGAACAGCUUACAAAUUUUAUUGAACUUGCAAAAAAUGAAGAUGAAGGUGUACUACAGUAUUUAAAACAUGUUCAACAUGUUCCUAUACAAGACUUUACUCCAGGAUUGGAAUGGUUCAAUACAACAGAACCUCUUUCUAUGAAGAAGCACCUCCAAGGAAAAAUUGUUGUUUUAGAUUUUUUUACUUAUUGCUGUAUAAAUUGUAUGCAUAUCCUUCCCGAUUUGAGAGAACUUGAAAACAAAUUUUCAAUAGAAGAUGGUUUAGUUGUGGUCGGUGUCCAUAGUGCCAAAUUCGAGAAUGAAAAAAUAUCUUCCAACAUAUUGGCGGCAGUCCAACGGUACAACAUAUCUCACCCUGUGGUUAAUGACUGUAACUCAGACAUGUGGAAAAAAUGUGGUGUACAUUGUUGGCCUACUUUACUCGUCUUAGGCCCUUCUGGAAAUCCUAUAGUUAUGCUGACUGGAGAGGGACAUAAAGACAAUCUUAUACUAUAUAUAAAGAACGCAUUGAAAUUUUAUAAGGAAAAGAACUUGAUCUCUAAUCACAAAUUACCAAUUAAGUCUGCCUACCAUUUGUUACCUGAUCUCAAAGGACCAUUACUAUUUCCAGGAAAAAUUACUAACAUACUAGAUGAAAAUAACCAUGAAAUUUUGGCUGUUUCGGACACGGGCAAUAAUCGAAUAUUAAUUUUAAAGGAAGAUGGUACCAUUAUACAACAAAUAGGUGGAAAUAAAUUGGGGUUUAAGGAUGGUAGUUUAGAAGAUGCUGAAUUUAAUAAUCCGCAAGGAUUGACCUUCCAAAAUAGAGAUAUACUUUUUGUUGCGGAUACUGAAAACCAUGCAAUUAGGAAAGUAGAUUUGAAAAACAAAAAAGUUGAUACUGUUGCAGGUAUCGGUAAACAAGGUGACGACAUGCUUGGAGGUAACAAGGGACUAGAACAAGCCAUAUCAUCUCCAUGGGAUUUAUCUAUCUAUAGAAAACAGGAUAUGGAUCCUGUUGGUAAUCCGGUCAUUCGAGAAGUUCUGAUUAUCGCAAUGGCUGGAACCCACCAGAUUUGGGCUUUGUUUUUAGAAGAUACAGUAUGGUGGAAGUCAAAAAAAUAUACAGCAGGUACUUGCAUUAACAUUGUCGGUUCCGGUAGAGAAGAAAAUAGAAACAACAGUUAUCCUCAUAACGCGGCCUUCGCGCAACCAUCUGGAUUAGCUUUAUGCCAAAAUAAUAAAGAAUUAUAUAUUGCUGACAGUGAAAGCUCGAGCAUUAGAAGGAUAUCCCUAGUCGAUGGAAAAGUCACUCCUGUUGUUGGAGGAGAGAGAGAUCCAAGCAAUUUGUUUGCAUUUGGUGAUAAAGAUGGUACCUUAUUUGACGCCAAACUUCAACACGCUUUAGGAGUUGGAAUAACCAGUGAUGAGAAAACCCUUUUCGUAACAGAUACAUAUAAUCACAAAGUGAAGAAAGUCAACGUUGCCGAUAAUUCUGUGUGCUCUAUUAUUUUACCAACUGAAGAUGCCACAGAUGGUACUAGUAGCACAUUUAAAGAACCUGCUGGAGUCUGUAUUAGUUCCGAUAAUAAAAAGCUGUAUGUGGCGGACACAAACAAUCAUCAGAUCAAAGUUCUGCAUUUAAAUAACCAGCAAAAUGUUACCAAAGUGGAAAAACUAGAGUUGAAAAAAAUAGAGAAUAAUAAGGCUGAAAUUGACAAAUCUAGCUACGAGAUUUUAUCGAGAAAACCUGUAUCAAUUAAUUCGAAUGGUGGUAAAAUUAUUCUUACUGUAAAUUUUAAGUUUGAUAAUGGUUUGGGACUUACCGAAGGUGCUCCGCAGAGGUGGUUGGUUGAUUUGCCAGACAUAACGUGGUCUUCUAUACCCAAGAAUGGAUCAAAUCUGGAUUUGGUAGAAACUACAAUUAGCGUACCUACUAAUGGUAUUAAACAGAACCAAAACAUAGACUUUUUAUUUAAUCUUGUUACUUGUACAGACGACACAUGUCUUCCUAAAAGCUUUAUCGUAAGAGUACCGAUUGUAUACCAAAACAGCGAGAGUAAAGUUACUGAAAAUAUUUCCGUGCUUGUUAAGCCAGAAAAUAUCAUUCUAUUAUAGAACAGUAUACGUCUAUAUCUUUUUGAGUACAACGUUUUACAGUAUAGCCCAAAAUAAACAGUACUGAAAUUGUAAUUAUUUUAUUGUUUUAAAAAAUACAUUUGACACUUUAUAACAUGUUUUAAAUGAGCUCCUCCUCUCUCAAGACAGACUUCAUACUGAUAUGCCAGAUAUCUCAUAAUGUUAUGGAAUAAGGGUUGUCUGAAGUUCGCGAAGAAGCCUCUAACGGCAUCCUAACUCAUUGAUGGUUUGUGUUAUUAGGUUUGUGAAUUAGGCCUUAAUGAUUAAUUGUUUAACGAUUACUUGACAGGUUUAUACAAGUUAAUUUGAAUAUGACAGCGCGCACAAAGUGAAUUUAUGUUUCAGUUUCAGUACUAAUUAUUUUGGGCAAUACUGUAUUUAUAAGAAUUUAACAAUCUUGACUCUGGAUUUGUCGCUAGGUAAAUUUUAAUAAAUAAUUUUUAAAAAUGAUAUUUUAGAUUGCAAACGGUAAUAUGUUUAUAAAUCUUCAUCAGAUGCCAUAUAUGUAGUACAGAUUCAACAAGAAAACAAUUAUUGUGUUCAGUGCAAAUAAUUGUGACCAGUUCGAGAUACUGUCUUGACUUUUUUAUUUUUUCAACGAGGCCAGUUGCAAAAACAUUAUGACAUGUUCAGGUUGUCUUAAUUCGUCUAGUGGUAGUUUUGCUAUUUUUUGUGCAAUCUGUUUUUCUGGAAUGUUAAGACCAGUGCGGAUCUGUUUUGAGGUGGAUGUGAGGGAUGGCAUCCGUAUUUUUGCAGAAAAAGUUG